AUGGAGACCCCCAUCGCCGAAGCACUCGAACAUGUCGCCUUCCUCCAAACGCUCAACCGUUUGUGCGAAAAUAACCAACACGAAUUAAUUUUAUCCGUUCUUCAAGCGAACAAAAGUGCCGAGGAAUAUUUAUCUUUACUCCUGUUGAUUUCGUUUCCCAAUUGCGUGACUUGCGUCGAAAUAUUCAUCGAUAAUUUACCUGCCGAAGCAAUCGAGAAACCCGGAUCUCUUGGAAGAAAUGCUCUGAUUGCGGCAAUCGUAUUGGGAGAAAAUAACUUUGCCGUCAUCGAGACGCUCGUAAAGUACAAAAAAGGUGUUUUAGUGAAUGUGCCUGAUGCUUUGGGACGCACCGCGGUUCAUUACGCCGUGAUAAAGGGCGAUACGAAGAUCGUAAAGUUGUUGUGCGAAGAAGGAAAUGCUAAUCCUGAUCACAUCGACAACGAUGGAAACACAAUUUUGCAUCAAUUUUUCCUGUUUAACGUCAAAAAUGCCGAACUUUUAGGUUAUCUAAUGCGCGGGAAGCCCCAACAGCACAAAAUGUUAAAUGUUCAUAACAGCAAAGCUCAAGGCAAAAGUACCCCGGGUAUGUUGGCGAUGGGCAUGAACAGUCCUUACAUGUCCCAACUCUUUCGAGAAAUGCGCGACAUUCCUCCUGAACGACAUCCAACCGUUGAACGUCGCAAAAUGGCGCUCGAUUUAUCACUUUACGAAAUCCAAGAUGGCGACUUGAACGAACUGAAAUUCAUAAUCGAGAAAUUCGGAGACUCCGUUGAUGGAAAUGGAGAUACUUUACUUCAUAGUUUUGCGAAAUUUGGAUUGUCGAACAAAUCAGCGAUCGAUUAUUGCUUGAGACGACCUUCAAAUGCCCUUGAAGGUCAAAUUAACGCUCAGAACAGAGAAGGAAAGACUCCGUUGUAUGUCUUGCUUGAAGGACCCAAAAAAGCUUCAGAAAUGUUAUUUGAAGCACUUUUCGAACAUCCUUCUUUGGAUUUAACGAUUCGAGAUUCCAUGGGUUGGACUGUUUUGAAACCUGCGGUGAAGCAAUCUAAAGAGAUUUUUCUUAAAAUUUACGAUUCAAAUCCAAAUCUCUUUUUUGCGUUGAACUUAAACGACAUGAACGUCUUCAUCUACAUGUUUGAAAUCAUCAACAAGGAACCAUUUGAACUUUUGAAAGCUCUUGUAGAAGAUCACGGUUUAGAUCUAACCUCAAUUGAUGAUCUUGGUCGAAAUAUUUUUCAUUAUUGUGCGGAAUUUGGCAAAAAUAAGCCAUAUAUCUACGAUUAUUUGUACAGUAAGUUGCCUGUAAGUCCUCAGACGAUGAUAAACGUGAAAGCGAAGGAUUGUUAUGGUUACACUCCCAUGAUGCUUGCGAUCAUUUCCGGCAACGAUUACUUUUUUAAACAUCUUUUUGCUAAAUAUGACGUCGAUUUAACUCUCAAACCAAACUCGGGUUUCAAUGCGAACUAUUUGACACUCGCUAUUAAACAUUCAAGUCUCGAUAUCCAACUUCAAAUCCUGAAACGCUGCCCUGAAUUAGUUGAUUUUGUCAGCGACUUGGGAAUAACUCCCGUGAUGAUCGCCAUAGCUGAAAGUAAACUUGAAUUAACGAAAAUCCUAAUUAACGAAUACAAUGUCGAUAUAACUGUCAAAAAUUCUUACGGCAAUACUAUUCUUCAUUACUUGGCGAAUCAUCGAGUAAAGGACACGGAAUUAAUUGAAUUGCUGCUAAAUGGCGAUCGAAAUGUUGCCUUUUACAUCAAUGAACGAAACGAGGAUGGCUUGACUCCCUUCGACAUCGCCAUGCAAAAGGAAAAUAUUGAAUUAGCAAAUGCUUUUGCGAAAUAUCUCACAACAGAGGCAGAUGUCGCUCAGAUCGAUGUCAAAGAUGUCACGAACGAGAAACCUCUUGUCAUUAGCCAAGUUGAUGGAUUUCUCGCCACAUUUCAGGAAGAAAGUUUAUUUGAUGAUCUUCGAACGUUAAUUGAGAAAAAUGAUUUGGAAGGUGUCAAAACUUACAUGAGUUCACGAAAUUUACCGGAAGUUCUUCAUUUCAUCAGUGCCAUUCAGAAUAUUGGACCAAAUAUUAUCGAUUUUCUCUUGCACGAAUGCCCAAAAACGCGGGAAAAUGUCAACUAUCAAAACAAAAAUGGCGACACCGCGUUACAUUGUGCGGCGGUACGAGAACAUAUCCCAUUGCUAAACGCUCUGUUGAAGCAUCCGGAGAUAAAUACAAAAAUCCAAAACAAAAAAGGCGAAACAGCACUUUUGGCGGCAAUUAACAACACCUGGGUGAAAUUCAGCGAAGACGUCAUUCGGAUGUUAGUGAUGCACGAACCGAGCCUUGUGCACAUUCCAGAUUUUUAUGGAGUGACGCCGCUUCAAGCCGCCAUCUUGCAUGACCAUUUCAAUGUUUUGAGGUUAGUUGUGGAAAAAGGCGCGAAUUUGCAUUAUGUUGACUCGGAUGAAGAUACGUUGGCACAUUUUUUGGCGGGAUAUAAGGCGCAAGACCCGAAAAUGAUUGAAUUUCUCAUGAAUAAGCCGAAUAACGUGUUGAAACACAUAAAUAAGCGGAAUAAACAUGGAAAUACUCCUUUGCAUGCGGCGUGUAAGAUGAACAAUGAAAAGUAUGUCAAUUAUUUGUUGGCUCAGAGGCGCAUCGAUUUGCUGCGAGUUAAUAAUAUGAACGAGACGCCACUUUUUGUGUGUCUUUCAGUGAAUAGGAAGACAGCAUCCGCUAAAAUUAUUGACGAAUUGGUGAAAAAAUGCCCGGGAAUGGUAUCAAAACCGAAUUUUGUGGGAGAUCUUCCUAUUUUGUUGGCAUUAAAUGUGGAAAAUCACGAUGUUAUCAAAGUUUUAAUUGAAGAUGGGCGAAUUGAUGUGAAUAUUUGGAGAGACAGACAACAAAACACUCUUCUUCAUUAUUUGUUCCUUUAUGAAAUAAAAGAUCGAAAUAUUUAUAAACUCUUAAUAGAUAAAGGUCAACUCGUGAUAAACCAUCCGAACAACUUGGGAGACACAAUUCUUCAUUUCGCCUGUCGUGAUCAUCUUCUCGAUAUCGUGCAUCUUCUCAUCCAAUGCCCGGAUGUCGAUUUUUCCCUCCAAAACUCCAAAGGCGAUACCCCUCUUUUGGAACUCCUGAAACCCGGGCAGAAUAACGUCGACACAACAAUUCUCGUCAAAUUACUGAUCUCCCUCUUCCCGGCGACGAAACACAUGAAAAACUAUCGAGGCGUCGCUCCGAUCCACAAAGCUCUCGAAAGCGGCUUAUUUGAUGCCGCGCCAUGUUUGUUGCCGAUAACAGAUGAUGCGCGCGAUUUUACUGAUAACGCGGGCAAUAACUUGCUGCAUUAUCUCGCGCGAUACGCAAAUUCCGACGAAAAGUUGAUAAGGAAGUUCUUGCAAGGCAUGAGUCAGCCGGAAAUUGAGCGAAUUGUGAAUAAUGCGAGAAAUAACGACGGAAAAACAGCUUUAGAUCUCGCGCGGGAGUUUAAAAAUGAUAUUUUCUUGAAUGAGAUGGAAAUUAGUUGAAUAAAAGAGAAAAAUCCCUUGAAAUUUAAUUAUAUUCAAGU